AAAUCGUAUCACACAAUUUUCUUACUGUAUCGGAUAUACAAAAGAAACGUAAUUCAUCUUUUCGGCGACUUUUCAUUUCACAUAGCCUAAUAUUAUAUUUUCGUCUAUAUUUUGUCGUAUAACAGUGUAUCGGUGUAUAUGCAAAUUAACACCUAUUGUAUUCAUUGACACAAUACCGCUACAUCAUACACAUCAAAUAAUAUUAUGUAGUGCUUAAUAAGCUCAUCGUUGAUUUUAAAAUUCCAUCGUAGUUUUUUCGUUAGUCUACCUGUUGCGCUUUGCUUCAUAUAAUAUCUAUUGCGGUUUUUGAAAUAACAGAGACCCGAUUAAAAUCAAAAAUGAACAAAUUCGUCUCAACAACAAUAUUUGUCAUUUUGGGUGAGUUUUUGUCGAUUUUAAAUCCAUUCGUCUAUACUAGCUAACAUAAUAUAAUUUAACCACGAAUAAAUUAAAAUAUGUUGUUGUAUUAUUUUUCAUUUUUCUUUCGUUUAGGUGUUUUUGGGAACUGGGGCGUUAGAGACGUUGAAGGGUAUCCAAACCCAAACCAUAUGCAAAUCAAAAUAAAUUUUAGUGGCUUAAUUCCGUAUAAUAAAGCUUAUAACGAAACGACAAUCGAAGAUGAAAAAAUGUCUCUCAGAAAGUUUUGUUUGGCAAAUAGUAAAUUGAACAACUCUGAUAACACAGUUAUAGUAAGCCCAUUACAUUUAUUUUAUAAUUACCUGUAUAUUUGGUUCAUGUAUUUAUGCUAGUAAGCUACUAUAGGAAUUUGAUUAUUAUAAAUGGUAAACGAAGUGAAUAUAGUUCUACUAUUUUGUAUUGAAAGAUUUUAUACUAUAGUUUUUUGUUAAAAUUUUUUUCCCUCUGAAUAUUAGGUAGACUUUAAUAUUUAGAAGAACGGAGUAGUGGGGAGUAACAAAAAAAUACUACUCUGCAGAAUAGUUACUACUAUAAUAGGUAUAAUUAUACAAUAUAAUUUUUGAAUUUUAAUUUUAAUACUAAUUUAAUUAAAUGAUAAUUUAUAUAUUUUAAUUAGGUAAGGUUUUUAUUUUAGAAAGCUUUGGACGAUUAUAGGACACAAGUAAAAUCAUUAAUAAAUGUCACAGAAUUAAAACAAGACUAUAGCGAAUCAAAAUCGAAUGGAGAAAUUGAUUUAGUAUUUAAAAAAUACUGCGCGUGAGUAAGAUAGGUUCGAAGUUGAACAUGGAUAAAUUAAAAAUGUAUAUUUUUUGCAGAAAGUUAACGAAAGUUAAUAAAUAUGUUUUAAAUUUUACAUCAACUGUAAACAAAAUAUGUCAAGACGACAAUGAAAAAAAAAUUAACAUUACAAUUUUUCAGAAUAUUUCUGAAGCAUUAUUAUCAACCCUGUGCCACGAUAAGGAUAAUCAUAUACCAUGUAAUAAUGAUCAUAUGCCAUAUUUUUUUUACGACAAUAUCUGUUUUGUAUAUAAAUCAAUGUAUUCAUUUUCCUAGUAUUUUACACCAUUCGCGAUCCGGACUGUUUGAUGCACAAAAAAGAAUCGAUUCAACGUUGUGUUAAUAAGUCCUUCAGUCUUAAUGAAACUACGGCAUUAACAGUGGAAGACGGCCUUUGCGAGUAUGCUAAUAAUGUAUACAACUUACUUAACAAAUUAAUAUUAUUAUAAUCGUUUUAUUUUAUAGAAGUCUGUCUUUCUUACAAGAAUGUAUCGUGGCUGAGUUAGUGAAAUGUAAUGAUCCAGAAUCAAUUAUGUUGGUUGAUUUAUAUUUUAAGGUUCUACGCCUAUCGACGCCUUGCUCGUCGCUUUUGAAUACUAUUUUUAGUUCCCUUCGGAUGAUUUUUAUUACAGAAAUUAAUAAAAAGAGAAAUACAUUUUAAUGAUUACUGUGCGAUCAUCAAUGCGUUAUGCUAAUCGAAGAUAUUAUAUGUUAUGUUAGUACGGCCGAAUCAUUACCUAUUUGAGUUUGCGCACCAUAAUCACAAUUUGAGUGUGAUCAUUGAAAUUAUUAAAAUAUUAAGGACAUGUUAUUUCGAAAAUAAUUGUUGGGGAUAUAGGUAGUUAAAAUGGUAUGUCAUAUUUCUAUUAUAUCUUAAAACAAUAUUGUACGUCGUUAAAAUGUAUAAUACUAACUAGUGGCUCAGAAAUAAGAAUUGUUAUUAUUUUAAUUUACACUCUAAACAGUAUGCGAUGUAGAUAUUAAACGAGUUCUUUUAACAUUUAUUAGGCGAUUUCUGGUUUUGUUACAAACUUCUUUUAUGUGUAUAAAAAGAGUAUGAACAAUUUUAGAAAAAUGAAAUUAUAGGAAUUUUGUAUAAUUCGGUACCUAUCAUCCAGUGAUUUAUUAAAAACAGAUACCUACAUAUUAACGAACGGCGGUUAUUCCUUAACCGUCUAAAAGUAUGUAAAACAAAAAUACUGUCCAUUAUUCAAUUCAAUUGUAUCUGUAAUGACCUUCUGAGUUUAAUGUGGGUUUCUUUAUUAGGUACCUAUUAUUUAUCAUUUUACGGUGGAGAUUAUUUAAAAUAGGUACUUUUAAAAUAAGCAUUAAACAAUUAUUUAAUCUAUAACUUUUUUUUUUUUUUGAAUGAAAAAUUA